GGCGCGCCCCGGCUCGCUCAUUGGUGGUUGCUCGUGGCGGCGCUGAAGCGUCUUCCGCCCGGCGUUGGGAAGCGGCGGCGGCGGGCAGAUGGCAUCCAACUACAGGAAACCUGGCUUAAGCACAACCCAGCGGAAGAAAAGCAGCUUGAAACCUGAACUUACAGAAGAGCAAAAGCAGGAGAUAAGAGAAGCUUUCGACUUGUUUGAUACUGAUGGAUCUGGAAGCAUCGACAUAAAAGAACUCAAGGUUGCGAUGCGUGCCUUAGGCUUUGAGCCAAAGAAAGAAGAAAUUAAGAAAAUGAUAGCAGAUAUUGACAAAGAAGGAAGCGGCACCAUUGACUUCGAAGACUUUUUGGCUAUGAUGACACAAAAAAUGAGCGAAAAGGAUUCAAAGGAAGAAAUCUUGAAAGCUUUCAGAUUAUUUGAUGAUGACGGCACAGGAAAGAUUUCAUUCAAAAACUUGAAAAGAGUUGCCAAGGAGCUGGGAGAAAACUUAACAGAUGAAGAACUUCAGGAAAUGAUCGACGAAGCUGAUCGAGAUGGAGAUGGAGAAGUGAGCGAGCAAGAAUUUUUGAGAAUCAUGAAGAAAACUAGCUUAUAUUAGUAUCUGUUGCCUUGCUUUACGGCCGCUGUGAAAGAUAACCAGGAAAAGACUUAAAAAAUGUGUUUGUCUCCCCUACAUAUUAUAUGCCAAGUCUGAAACGGCAGAAUUUUGGCUCAUUCUUCUUUUUCAGCAAAGUUAAUCCGGGAAGGGGGUCUUCAGUACCCAAAAGAACUGUUCAAGUGAGGUACUGCAGAAAUGAAGAGGAAGGAUGAACUGAACCUGCAAGGUAAGGUCCCGUUAGCCCUGGCCCCCAGAUGAGGAUGUCAGUGAUGCCAUCUUGGAUAAAGAAUGCUGCGUCCUAACCAUUUAACUGAAAAAAGUGAACGACAUCUUGCCUGAGACAUGAAGGUUACCACUGCUGCUGGAAAACACCAAGUCUGACUUUCCUAAGCCUACAUAAUAAAGAGAUUAGCGUAUAGCACCUUAAAGAAUGAACGUACGAGCACAGUAUUUUUAUUCCUUUUAAGGCUUUUAGGUUAUCUUGUGCUAUUUCUGUCCUUUUGUUGAUUUCCAUAAGACUCUGAAAGCAGUUGCAUAUUUAUUUCUGUAUGAAACACUUCUAUUCUCGUGGUGAUUUGGUUUUGGACCUCAAGGGAAGCAAACGUAGGCAACCAGUUUUAGUUCUUCAUUCGGAGCAGCGUGCCAUCAGAAGGUGUUCUUUUGUCUAACUAUUCCAACAUCUGAUCUGAAACCUGGUUUAAUUGAGUCUCGCCUGCUUGGAGUAUCAAAGUUUACUGUAUAACCAGUCAACAUCUUGUGCCAUUGCUCUUACUCCCAAGAUCUUGCAGCUUUGUUAUGAUGCCAAGAUUUUAAGUACCUGAGGAAGGCUCAGUUCUAGGGCAUGCUAUGGUAAAUUAUUUCCCUGGCUAUUUACAGUCAAGUUGCAGGGAGGAGUGGCAUCUGAAGUGAAAAAACAGCUCACCUUAGACAGCUGUGAAACAGUGAAGAAAUUUAGAGCCACGCAAUCCAAAUUCUUUUCAGACGUCACUAUUUUUAAUUAAUUUCUAAGGAGUAUUUUCAUUUUCUUGAGUAUCUUCUGUAUAUGCUCUCACUCCAGGACUUAGCAUCCAUGCUACGACGACAUGGCAGUGACGCACAACAUGACAUCUAACUAUGCCCUCCUGCAAGGAGGGCUUAUCCUUGGGUCCUGAUUAGACAAUCAAUCAGCUUCAAAACUGCAAGGAAAUCCUAUAACCCUAAGCCACCUCUCUCCCUCUAAUAACCUCUUUGAAGGAGAGUUUGUUACUGCUUACAACAGCAGCCAGGUAGCGAAAUGUCAGGAAAGGUUCCAUGGGAAGAGGAGGGAAAAGACAAAGUUUCACCAGUAGGGGUUACGAUCCCAUCCCUCUUUCCUCCAAACAGCUCCAGAUGCUUCACAGCCACUAGCAAGGUUUGUCUCUAGAGAACUCUGUAGAAGAAAGGAAGAGACAGCUCCUGGACUAGCUCCCUAUUACAGCUGCUUCUGUAAGGGCCCAGCAGGGGGAGAAUUAGUUUCAGCAGUGGAACGGAGAAGCGUUCAUUUACAUUUCUUCCUGGCAUACAGAUGCGGAGCUGGCACAUUCUCUCCAAGUCCCCCGAGUUUCGUGCUCUGAACUACACUCUCUGAAUAAACCCUCUCUAACCUAUACAGAAGUACGCUUAAACCUGUGGGGGAACAGGGAUUGCAUAGAUCUCUGGUUUUUUAGGGCCCUAUCUGUGAAGUCCCCUAAUUAACAUGUUCGGUGGCAGUAGAUGUAACUGUACGCUUUUUUUUAAGUGUCUGUUAACUUUGUAUAGUGUGAAAUAAAACUGUUUUGCAAGUUAA